CGCCUCCGUCGCCAUUGGCUUUCCUCCCCCAGCUCCAGCCUCUCUCAUCUUGAGAAUCUGCGUCAGAAGUCACUCGCAGUCCCGCCAGCCCAGAAGUAAAGCAGGUUACCAGCAAUUCUGAGAAUUUGCAAAAACAGCUUGCAAGAAAAAUGAAGCUCCCUAUAUUCGUCGCAGAUGCAUUCACAGCAAAAGCAUUUCGUGGGAAUCCUGCUGCUGUUUGUCUCCUAGAAAAUAAAUUGGAUGAAGACAUGCAUCAAAAAAUUGCAAGGGAAAUGAAUCUCUCAGAAACUGCUUUUAUCCGAAAACUGUGCCCAACUGACAACUUUACACAAAGUUCCCGCUUUGGACUAAGGUGGUUUACGCCAGCGAGUGAGGUCCCGCUCUGUGGCCAUGCUACCCUGGCUUCUGCAGCUGUGCUGUUUCACAAAAUAAAAAACGUGAAUAGCACUCUAACAUUUGUCACACUGAGUGGGGAACUAAAGGCCAGAAGAGCCGAGGAUGGUAUCAUCCUGGACUUGCCCCUUUAUCCAGUCCACCCCCAGGACCACCAUGAAGUAAAGGACUUGAUAAAGACCGCCAUAGGUGACACCCUGGUCCAAGACAUCCGCUAUUCUCCAGAUACCCGAAAGCUCCUACUCCGGCUCAGUGAUACUUACGACAGGUCAUUUCUGGAGAACCUGCAAGUGAACACACAGAGUCUUCUGCAAGUGGAGAACACAGGGAAGGUGAAAGGACUCAUUCUCACCCUUAAAGGAGAGCCUGGUGGGCAGACCCAAGCAUUUGACUUUUACUCCAGAUAUUUUGCGCCAUGGGUUGGUGUGGCGGAAGACCCUGUAACAGGAUCUGCACAUACUGUUCUCAGCAGCUACUGGUCCCAGCAACUGGGGAAGAAAGACAUGCAUGCCUUUCAGUGUUCCUGCAGAGGAGGAGAGCUGGAGAUUUCACUGCGUCCUGACGGACGUGUGGACAUUAAGGGAGGCGCUGCUGUCGUUUUGGAAGGCACGCUCACAGCCUAGAGAUGGUUGUGCUGAGAUGCUGCUAACUUGAAUAACUAAGUAUUUUCUGUUUACAAAAAAACAUAAGGGGAUGCUUUUAGCAAAGUUACAUAGUAGUCCACUUAGUCCUCACGUUAGAAAUAGAAAAA